CCAAUUAUUAGGCACACUUAACUAGCUCAGCUUGGCUGCGGGUCCGCACUCGUCCUUCUGCUCUGCUCAGCGCACUAUGUGUCACUCUCGCAGCUCCCUUCCCACCAUGACAGUCCUGCGGGCCCCGACCCCGGUACCCUCCACCAGCCCGGGACCCCGGAGGGGCUCCGGUCCUGAGAUCUUCACCUUCGAUCCUCUCCCGGAGCCUACAGUGGCCUCCGCCGCGCGCCCCAGCGUCUCCCGCGGGCACCGAAAGCGCAGUCGUAGGGUCCUCUACCCGCGAGUGGUCCGGCGCCAGCUGCCCGCCGAGGAUCCGAACCCUGCCAAAAGGCUCCUGUUUCUCCUGCUCACCGUCGUCUUCUGCCAGAUCCUGAUGGCUGAAGAAGGUGUGCCGGCGCCCCUACCCCGGGAGGACGCCCCCAGCGCCGCGCCCCUGGAGCCCACCCCUGCGCCCCCGGCUCUGGAGCCCCUUAAUCUGACCGCGGAGCCCUCGGACUACGCUCUGGAUCUCAGCACUUUCCUCCAGCAACACCCAGCCGCCUUCUAAACGUGACUCCCCACAUCCCCUAAGAAA